GCCGCAGCCAAUGGGCGGGGACGGGCCGCCAUGGGCCGCGGCAGCGCCGUCCCGCCGGCGCGCCGGGAGCGGGGCCGGUAGCGGCAGCGCCGCCGCCCUCUCUCCCUCUCUCCCUCUCUCCCUCCCUCCCUCCCUCCCUCUCUCCCUCCCUCUCUCCUCCUCCUCCUCCUCGGCGCUGCCCGGCCCCGGCGCUGUCCCCGCGCCGCUCCGCCAGGCGCGGCCGCCGCUUCCCCGCCCCGCGCGGGGCCGCCCCUCGUCCCCUCCCUCCCUCCGCCCCGUCCCCGCCCGCCGCGGCAGCCCCGAGCGGGAGGCGGCGGAGGGAGGCGGGAGCCAUGCGGGAGUACAAGGUGGUGGUGCUGGGCUCGGGCGGCGUGGGCAAGUCCGCCCUUACCGUGCAGUUCGUGACCGGCUCCUUCAUCGAGAAGUAUGACCCCACCAUCGAGGACUUCUACCGCAAGGAGAUCGAGGUGGACUCGUCGCCGUCCGUGCUGGAGAUCCUGGACACGGCGGGCACCGAGCAGUUCGCCUCCAUGCGGGACCUCUACAUCAAGAACGGGCAGGGCUUCAUCCUGGUGUACAGCCUGGUGAACCAGCAGAGCUUCCAGGACAUCAAGCCCAUGCGGGACCAGAUCAUCCGCGUCAAGAGGUACGAGCGGGUGCCCAUGAUCCUGGUGGGCAACAAGGUGGACCUGGAAGGCGAGCGCGAGGUCUCCUUCGGGGAGGGCAAAGCGCUGGCCGAGGAGUGGAGCUGCCCCUUCAUGGAGACCUCGGCCAAAAACAAAGCCUCGGUGGACGAGCUGUUCGCCGAGAUCGUCAGGCAGAUGAACUACGCGGCGCAGCCCAACGGGGACGAGCCGUGCUGCGCCUCCUGCGCCAUCCUCUGAGGCGGCGGCGGCCCCGCGCCCCGGCCCCGCUCGGGGAGACGGCACCGGGGAGAAGCAUCAUCGUCUUGGAAAUGUGGCUUUUCUCGGCGUGUACGUUUCGUCCAGUCUUGGUCAUGGCAUAUUUCCUGUCGGUGUCGGCGACGGGCGCGGGAGCAGCCGGUCCUGCCGCCCGGGCAGCGGAGCCACGCGGGGAGCGGAGCCCGCACCCGGGACAGCCGGACCCGUACCCGGGAGAGCCC